AUGGUUGUCAGCACCCUCAUUGCUGCUGUUAUGUUUACGACGGCUUUUACUGUUCCUGGAGGUAAUGAUGAGAAGACUGGCCGGCCUAUAUUUCUGAAGUAUGACGAGUUCACGGUUUUUGUCUUGUCCAGCGCAUUAUCAAUGUUUGCAUCCUCCACCUCACUGUUGAUGUUUUUAGGAAUUCUCACUGCCCGCUAUGCAGAAAAGGAUUUCUUUCGCUCUUUGCCAGUGAAAGUGAUCAUGGGUCUUUUCUGCCUUUUCUUGUCCAUCGUAACCAUGAUGGUGGCCUUCGGAUCUGCUAUAUUUAUGACCGUCAUUAAUGAUCGUUUAUCAUGGGUUAACAUUCCGGUUAUCCUUCUUGCACUCAUACCCGUAGCUAUUUUUUGUAUAUUGCAGUUUCCCCUCCUCAUUCAUAUAAUCCAUUGCACUUUUGUGUCGCGACCAUCUCGAGCAAACCCGGAAAACAUCCCCUUGGACAUCGUUGAUGUUUUUCUAGUUUGGUUGCCAUAUGUAACUAUCUCUGGAGUAUAUGCUUGUAACUUCAUGUACACAUAG